AUGAUGUCAGAUAAUUACGACGACUGCAAACACCGAUUUAAGGUCGUUCUCAUGGGUUCUCACGGUGUAGGCAAGACCAGUCUUCUCAGGAGACUAUGCAGAGACACAUUUUCUUUGACAGUCCCAGAAACUCGUGGUUUAUCUGAUCAGCCCAAACGGUUAAGAGUUUUUGAUAAAGAUAUUGUUCUUCAUUUGUGGGACACUGCAGGGACUGAAAAAUAUCGCCCGAUCAAUGCACUUUACAUAAGACGAACGCCUGGAGCAAUUAUUGCUUUUGAUGUUACGCGAAAAGAAACAUUCAAUGACUUAGGAUACUGACUGAAAGAAUUAUUCACAAAUUCAGAUGAUCCUCAAUGCAUACUUGUAGGCAACAAAAUUGAUUUAACGGAGCAGCGAGAGGUUCGCAAAGAAGACGCUGAAGAAUUUGCGAGAAAAAAUAAGCUUAUAUAUGUGGAGACGUCAGCGAAGGAUAAUGUUUGUGUAUCGCAAGCAUUCGAAAGACUGGGAGAAAUGAUUUUGGAAAAGAAUAUGAAAUCAACGCUUUCUGGGGAUAACUCAAGAAGAAGGCUAAGUUCAGUGGCGAAGCCAGUAAAGAAGGGAUGCUGUAAUUAA